UCAACAUAUGCAUACAUACAUCAAUCAAAAUUUUAAGUAAUUUUAUUUAGCCUAUUUCUUUUUUAUAUUUUUCGCGAUACCAACUAAAUUGUUGAAGUAAACCAUGCUGGUCAAGCCAGCCCCAGUGGGCGCCUCAUGGUACACCAAUCUGUCCGACUUCCAGGUGCAGGCCGUCGAGGCACUGGCCUUCUCGAUCCGCGAUGACCACGCGGAGGGUACUGUGUACCGCACCCAGUUCUGUCUCAGUCGCUUGGGAGUCACACCCAUGGUGAAGACACGGAUGCUGCGGAAGCUAAUUGGGAUUUGUCGCGGCAGCGACUUGGCAUUCCUAUACUUUCUGAUGGAGGCGUGCUACAAGGGCACAGGAUCUGCGUACAGUGAACGGAUCCUGAUGUCCGCCAUCACUUUCAUGGAUCUGGAGAUGACCAUGAGGGAACUGGACAAAAUUCUGCCGCCGGGAGUGGAACGGCUGAAUAAGAAAGAGUCGAUAGCUCCGCCAGUGGAUUAUCGUUCCAUGUCGUUGCCAACACCUUUAUCGACCAGACGGGAAUCGGAUUUUCGAAAGGUCCGUUCACCCUACUUUACCGCGUUGCCCAGACCAAAGCUACCCAAGGGUGGCGAGAAGUUCACUGCCAAGAGACCCUGCCACGUGGUCUCCUUUCCAUUCUGGCCCGCCGGCGAGAGGCCCAACUACAGGGUGAACGAGGAGAACCGCUGGUUCGCCACUUACAGGUUCCAGCCGGUGAAGCGGAUGCUCUUCAAGAUGGUGGGCGACAUCAUGGCCGACUACUGGACAAAGAUAGAUGGUACUCAGCCGGCGGAGAGCGAGGCGAUGCCCAUGUGCGAGUUCCACAAGGAGGCACUGCGGCAGGAGCAGCUGCUGAAGGAUGCAGCUGUGGUCAAGGCCCACAAACAGUGUUUGGCUCUCGUGGAUAUCACUUCACGCCAGGAUGCCCUCCUUAAAAAGCGUAUCGUGGCCCAGUUGGAAAGGGAUAUUGAGGAAGUCACGCUGCGUUGGAAACGACUUCGUGAGCGCCAUCACACGGAUGUCAUGUUGUUGGAGGAUCACGAUCAGAUGUGUUCGGUGGGCAAAGUGCCUACGGCUGUGCAGGAUAUCAAGAUAAAGUACCUAUCCCAGGAAGCGGACAUCGGGCGUCUGAGUGCCAAACCCACCUUGGGUAUCCAUGUGAUCACCGGCAGGGGUAACGUAAGUCUGCUAAGUAAAGUGCGGGUCUCGGAUCCCGAUGAUGACAUCCCAUGCCCCACGGUACCCGUGGAGCAAAAGCUGGCCAAAUGUCCACCCCCUUUACUAGGUCACCUCAAACGUCCGCGAAAGGUGUCCAUCACGAAAUCCAAAUUCGGCGACGAUAAGCAAUCUUCCUGCAAGAAAUCUUCGAAGCCAGGACGCUUUUUCGAGGCUCCUCGCCAGCACAGUCCCUUCGUGUUCAAAUACCAUGAGGUUGCACCGCAGGAUCAGAAUCCAGAUGCCAAGGAUGUGAUACGUGCCCAGGCCAUCCGCUCCUUAAAGGAGCAAAGUUGCCCCUCAAGCGAGGAUAACUACAACGGACGGAUCAAUCCCCGAGACCAGGUGGUGGCGGCCAUCGUUGAGUGCGCCCAAAAUAUGUGGUUCGGCUCCCUGGAGGCUCAUCAACGGCGCCUGACAUCUGGCCAAUCGGAAAGACCAACGACUAUUGAAGAGCCAACCAAGAAUGAGCCGGAAGAAAUCUGCAAAACAAAUGAAGCCCUAGAUUGGACAAAGACAAUCAAGAAGUUCGACCCCAACAACCAACACUUAAUGGAGCGCCUGCUGCGGGAUGGAUUUUCCGUACUGAGACGGGAUCCACGCUGCGUCUUCGCCGCUUUUCCCAACUCGCACAAAUCCUUUGUGAUGCUCGAGUGGAUUAAGCGUCGAUAUGGGAAGACCUACUGCCACGAAGAGAUUGUCGAUACGAUUGAAAAGGGACUGGCCACCUUUAUGCAUGUUGAGAGCCAACUAAACGAAGCACCCAGCGCCAAGCGCGAAGGAUUCUCGGCAAAGGACACAUUCGACGACAUUAAGCGUCUCGAGGCGCUGUGCAAGAAGUUAAAAACCGAAUACCGAAUGCCGCUCAACGAUAAGAUCCUGACCCUGACAAGGAUUUGCUGGAGUGCCCUAAGUCCCCACUUGGCCAGAAGCUCAUCCAUGCUCAAAACCUUCUUCGCCUAUCUGCCAGUUCGAUACGCAGACAUGCUGAAAUAGGAUGAAGAUCAUUGUUUGGAUUACAAAUUAUUUGUUGCUAAAUUGUUUGUUGUUAAAUUGUUUGUAAUGUCUAGUUUUAAUGUUUAUUGAUAUAUUUAUGCAUAUGAUAUAAUCGUAUAUGUUUACCCCAAAGGA